CAGUAUAAUAUAUGCUUUUUAAUCCUAUAUGCUGAGAAAUCCUCCUCUCACUGCAUUCAGGAGCUUCUGUGUAAUUCGCAUUAUGCUGAAGCUGGGAAACGGUAUCACUGGUUUCCUGAGAAAAGAGUUUGUGGGAGUCUCUCCCUUUGUGAGUUUAUUUGCUGUAAGUUUUCCUUUUUCACUUGUUUGGGGUCUAUUUAUUACAUUACAUUACAUUUUUGGCAUUUGGCAGACGCUCUUAUCCAGAGCGACGUACAGUUGAUUAGACUAAGCAGGAGACAAUCCUCUCCUGGAGCAAUGCAGGGUUAAGGGCCUUGCUCAAGGGCCCAACGGCUGUGUGGAUCUUAUAGUGGCUACACCGGGAUUAGAGCCGCCGACCUUGCGUGUCCCAGUCUUUUACUUUAACCACUACGCUACAGGCCGCCCUAUUUAUGUUCACCUUCUUUAUCUUUCCCUUUGUGUGAAGUUUUUCCCUGGUUGGGUAGUUCUCAUUUAAAGGUCAUUCUUACUUUGUAUCUUCAUUUUCCUGUCCCUUUAGUCUGCUUUGCAAAUUUAGUGGUUGUUUGUGAGUGAACUGCUUUUAGGAACCCUGGUGUCUGCGUUCGUUCUAACACCCCACCUCACAACUACAUUUCCCUUGUAAUUAAAAAGUUAUCCUGACUCAGGGGUAUUACUCUGCCACUUGUGUCUUUCUGUAAGUGACAACUGGUUCAUAUCACUGCAGGAGGAACUCAAGCCUGCACUUAAUCUCAUUAAAGAAAAACUGAAGAUCUUUACGAAGAAUGAACGAGAGUGUAAGAAAAGCGCAGAACACGUUAGGAGUCAAAUGCAGCACACAGAGAGACAGAUAAAGGCAGAUUUUGAAAAGCUGCACCAGUUCCUACGAGAGGAAGAGGAGGCCAGACUAGCUGUACUGAAGGAGGAAGGGGAGGUGAAGAGUCGGAUCAUGGAGGAGAAAUUGGCAGACAUCACAAGACACAUCUCCACACUUACAGACAAAAUCACUGCUACAGAGAAGGCCAUGGACACUGAAGACACCUCCUUUCUAAAGAGCUACACGAACAUCAAAGACAGGUAUGGAGACUCUCGCCUCAUUUCCUUGUCCAAGUCACUUCUUUCCCUCAGCUUGACUGACUCCUGCCUGUCGUUACAGAGCCCAGUGCACACUGCAGGACCCAGAGCUGCUCUCAGGGGCACUGAUGGAUGUGGCCAAACACCUGGGCAACCUGACGUUCAGAGUCUGGGAGAAGAUGCUGGGGAUGGUGCAGUACACUCCUGUGAUACUGGACCCCAACACUGCACAUCAGAAACUCUCUCUCUCUGAUCUGACCUCUGUGAGACUCACAGAUACAGCGCAGAACUGUCCUGACAACCCAGAGAGGUUUAACCCCUGUGUGUUUGUGCUGGGAUCUGAGGGGUUUACCUCAGGGAAGCACAGCUGGGAGGUGAAGGUUGGGAGUAAAA